UGAUCCCUUCCCUUCCCUUGCAUUGCCUCUGGCCUGCUAUUAAACCACUUUACCCUCACGUUGCAGGAAGGGAGAGGAACCUAGCUCCCUUUCCUAGCUUGCUUGCAAGUCCAAGAAACGAGAGGAGGGGAACAAGCCGAGAUCUCCAGCAUGGGUAGGGGAAGGAUUGAGAUCAAGAGGAUCGAGAACAACACGAGCCGGCAGGUCACCUUCUGCAAGCGCCGCAACGGGCUCCUCAAGAAGGCGUACGAGCUCUCCGUCCUCUGCGACGCCGAGGUGGCGCUCAUCGUGUUCUCCAGCCGCGGCCGCCUCUACGAGUACUCCAACAACAGCGUGAAGGCUACUAUUGAGAGGUACAAGAAGGCACAUGCCGUUGGAUCAUCAUCUGGGCCCCCACUCUUAGAGCUCAAUGCCCAGCAAUACUACCAGCAAGAAUCUGCAAAACUGCGCAACCAGAUCCAGAUGCUGCAGAACACUAACAGGCACUUGGUUGGUGAUUCGGUGGAAAACUUGUCACUCAAGGAGCUGAAGCAGCUUGAGAGCCGCCUUGAGAAAGGCAUUUCGAAGAUCAGGGCGAGGAAGAGUGAGCUGCUGUCUGCGGAGAUCAAUUACAUGGUGAAAAGGGAGACUGAGCUUCAGAAUGACCAUAUGAACCUCAGGAACAAGAUUGAGGAGGGGGAGCAGCAGCUGCAGCAGGUGACCGUGGCCCGGUCCGCUGCCGCCGCCGCCGCCAGUGUGGAGCUGAACCCAUUCCUGCAGAUGGACACCAAGUGCUUCUUCCCCGCUGGCCCCUUCGCGGCGCUGGACAUGAAGUGCUUCUUCCCCGGCGGAUUGCAGAUGCUGGAGGCACACCGCCAGAUGCUCACCACCGAGCUCAACCUUGGCUACCAGCUGGCGCCGGCGCCGAGCGACGACGCCGUCAAUAAUCCGCAUCAGUUGUUCUAACCUGCACGAUCGAGGAGCUUUUCAAGCGAUCUGUCGCCGAUAGAAGCUGGCAGUUCGUGGCCUCUAGAUGUUCUUGUAUUGGCUUCCGUGACCCUACUAGCUUGUUAUGAUGUGUGUUGCACCUUUUGUGUCUGAUUUUCUCCUUGCUAUGGAGAACUAAACCUAAUCAAUUAGUCAUAAAUGAUCAAAUGCUACAGCACC